AUGGCAUCCCAUCAACCCGGCAAGUGUUGCUUCGAAGGUGUUUAUCAUGAGGGGUCUCCCAGGGGUUAUCAUGAAGAAAUUUUCGGUUUAGAUACGUACGUAACAGGGACUGCGUCACCGAAGGAUAAAGUUAUUGUUAUUAUGACAGAUGUGUAUGGUAACAGGUUCAAUAACGUUCUACUAACAGCCGAUCAGUUUGCAGAUGCUGGGUACAAGGUCUUUAUUCCCGAUAUCCUAUUUAGUAAUGCUAUAUCAUCAGAUAAACCAAUUGAUCGCAACGCCUGGUUUCAAAAGCACUCUCCUGAGGUCACCAAGAAAAUUGUUGAUGGAUUCAUGAAGCUGCUAAACCUUGAAUUCGAUCCGAAGUUUAUUGGUGUUGUUGGUUAUUGUUUUGGUGCCAAAUUUGCCAUUCAACACAUUAAUCCCAAGGGAGGUCUUGCCAAUGCCGCAGCUAUUGCGCAUCCCUCUUUUAUUAGCAUCGAAGAAAUUGAGGCGAUUGGUAGCGAGAAACCACUAUUGAUUUCAGCGGCUGAAGAAGACCAUAUUUUUCCAGCGGACUUGAGGCACUUGACUGAAGAAAAACUAAAGGAUAUCCAUGCUAUUUAUCAAUUGGACCUCUUCAGUGGUGUCGCCCACGGAUUUGCUGCAAGAGGUGAUAUCUCCAAUCCAGCUGUAAAAUAUGCGAAGAGGAAGGUCUUGCUUGAUCAAAUUUAUUGGUUCGACCAUUUUUCAAAGGUUUGA